AUGACCACAGCCACCACUUUGGGGGAUGCCGUCUUCUCAUUGAACAUGACCAGGGGAGAAGACUUCCUAUAUCAGAGUUCUGGAGCCAUCGUGGCUGCCAUCGUGGUGGUUGUCAUCAUCAUCGUCACAGUGGUUCUGAUCCUGCUGAAGAUGUACAACAGGAGAAUGAGGACGAGGAGGGAGCUGGAGCCCAAGGGCCCAAAGUUACCUGUCCCUCCUGCCCUGGACCCAAACAGCAGCAGUGGCCCACAGCCUGCGACUGUGACCCUCAGUCCUGCUGAUGCCCAUGUAGAGACUCGGUGACCCUGCCUGGCACUGUCUCUGCCUAUGCAAAGAGCUUUCAGGACCCGGAGGCACACUCUUCUGGCAGCUUCACUGAGGCCCUUCUGGUCAGAUUGACCGAGGCACCCUUCAUGCAACCCCUGCAGCUUGAAGCCAUCCUUAACCAUGUUCUGCCUUGACUACCCCAGCAGUGUCUGUAUC